AUGGCAGCUUCCAUACACGUGAAGUCGAAAGGAAAGUGGAAUCCCGUUAAACUUGACCCGAAACUGUUCACUGACAAGCAUUUUGGUGGGCUUAUUUGUGUAGAAGAACUGAAAGACUACGAAAUUGUAAAAAAAUAUUCGAAUCCGCAGGAAAUUGAAAAGUUGUCUGAUGGUAAAAGUAAAGCAGCUUUAACAGACAAAUCUAAGCGGAAACGAAAAGCAUCUAGUGUCCCCAGCAAAUGUGAUAAAAAGGUGAAAAGAGAUGAGAAAGUAGUCAAACCCCAAAUCAGUGAAACAGAACAAUGUGAUGAAAGUCAGAAAAAAGACCACAAGGUGUCAAGAAAGAAGAAAAAGUUGUUAAAAUGGAAAGAAAAAGCCCGCUUACGGAAAGAGGCGAAAAAUGCCCAUAUAGUAGAGGGACAAGUUUUGCCCAUGCCAUUAGAUGAAGAUGAAGAAAAAGAAAUGGAUAUAUCCACUGUCAGUGACAAGAGCAAGAAUAAUGGCAGAAGUAAACAAAGAAAUGCUCCUAUCUCUAAAUUAAAAACAGGCAAGCAGAAAAAGGCGUGGAAAAAAGUAGAAAACGCUGACAAAUCUGGAAAUGUUACCUCUGAGAAUAUAAUGACAAAAUCAAAUCAUGGGAAGCAAACAGACAUGUCAGCCUGGUCAGAUCUGUAUGUCCCUCCCCCAGUACUCAGAGCUUUGACAGACCAAGGCUUCACCUGUCCCAUGCCUAUCCAGAGCUUAUCUUUACCAUCAGCCAUCAGGGAUAGGAUGGACAUCAUGGGGGCAGCACAGACGGGCAGUGGCAAGACGUUAGCAUUUGCCAUCCCAGUAAUACAUCAUAUUCUUGAAUACAAGGAGAGGAAGGCACAGAAGGCAGCAAGGGAGUUAACUCCAUCAGAGUUAAGUGAAGAGGAAGGGGAGGAGGCGUGGCGCAGUGAGGAGAUGGAUGAUACCAGUGAGAUGAUGUCAGAGGAUGAAGACAGUGAUAACAGUGGUAAUGAAGUGGAUGAGGAGAACAGUGAUGAUGAUGAAGAUGAAGUGCCUCCCUUCCCAGGUGAGGAGGAGGAUGAUGAAGAAGGAGACUUUGACAAUCCUCCUAAUGAAGAAGAUAUUGGAGACUUUGAGGAGAAUGGCACUGGGUUGGUCAAGGUGUUAAAUGACGUUGAAUUUGAUUGGCCAGAAGUGACCAGUGAGAAAAAGCGUAUGACAGGUGAACUAUUAUGUUUAGUGCUUACUCCAACAAGAGAGCUGGCAGUUCAAGUGAAGAACCACAUAGAAGCUGUGGCCAUAUACACAGAUAUCAAGCUCAUGUCUGAUACCUGACCUUCAGGUUGGUUUGGUUGUGGAGGAAUGGCUCCCCAGAAGCAGAAGCGACUGUUAAAAAGAUGUCCGGAGAUUGUGGUGGCCACACCGGGACGACUCUGGGAGCUAAUCGAAGAGGGGGAUUCCUACCUGACGGAUGUAGAAGAUAUUAAGUUCCUGGUGAUAGAUGAAGCUGACAGAAUGGUGGAGAAGGGACAUUUUGAGGAGUUGUCCACAUUGCUGGAGAGAAUCAAUGCGAAUGAAGAAAACAAGAAACAUAGACAGACGUUUGUAUUUUCUGCAACAUUAACUGUAGUACAUUCAGGUCCACAGCGUUUUACUAAACAGAAAAAGAUGCCCCUAACCACUGAUUUGAAGCUGGAGAAGCUGAUGGCAAAGGUUGGUAUGAAGGAUCGGCCAAAGGUGAUAGAUCUUACUGGGAGGGUAGGGACGGCUGACACCCUGACAGAGGCCAAAAUACACUGUGCUACAGGCGAAAAGGACAGUUACCUGUAUUACUUAACGAGACAGUAUCCAGGUAGGACCCUGGUGUUCGCUAAUAGUAAGGACUGCAUCCGAAGAUUGUCUUCAGUAUUCAGUUUACUGAAGAGAAAUCCUCUAACUCUCCAUGCUGACAUGCAUCAAAAACAGAGGCUGAAGAAUCUGGAGAGGUUUACAGGUGAUGACAAAGGCCUGUUGCUGGCUACAGACGUUGCUGCUAGAGGCCUGGAUAUUCCUAAUGUACAGCAUGUGAUCCAUUACCAGGUGCCCAGAACCACAGAGAACUAUGUGCACAGAAGUGGCCGGACAGCCAGGGCUUACAAAGAAGGGCUUAGUGUCAUGCUUGUGGGACCAGAAGACUUGAAAAAUUACAAGAAGAUUAUUUACACUCUCAACAAAAAUGAAGAUUUGCCCCUGUUCCCUGUGGAAUAUCAGUAUUUUAAUGAAUUACACCUCAGGGUUAGUCUGGCCCGACAAAUUGACUCUCAGGAACACAGGUUUACUAAGCUAAAACAUCAGAACAACUGGUUCCAGAAAGCAGCACAGGAAGUGGAUGUGGAACUGGAUGAAGAGUUGCUUUUGAACGACCUUGGUGAUCAAAAACAACAGAUGGCUUUGAAAGGGAAGCUCAAAGCGAUGAAGGAGGAGCUAAAUUAUUUACUGAAGCAGCCUGUGUCCUCAUACAGCUUCUCUGGCAAAUAUCCCACGCGGACUGGAAAACUGGAACUUCCCAAAAGGCCAGAUACUGCAGAAGAUGCCAUCUCCUGUGUGAAGAAAGACAGAGCUUUUCAAACCAAAAUCCUGAGAAGUAACAAAGCCAAACCCCCCAAGCCAAAACAAAAGCAAUUUUGGAAAAAGAAAAAACAGAACAAAAGUUGAAGAAGCUUGAC